AUUUUCAAUAAGAAGUGUUUUAGACAUUGUGCUUCAAUUCGAUCGACGUAUUAGCUAAAUAAAUAAAAUGGGUAAAAUUAUUAACUGUCGUGUGUGUCUUAGAGUAGACUCAAAAGUAAAAAAGAAAUGCAUAUCGCUUUUCGACAAACAUAAUGAUAAUUUUAUAUAUGAAAUUAUUAAUUCAAUAGCAGACGUUAAAAUACAGCCUGGAGAUACCUUCCCUGAUAAAAUCUGCCCAGAUUGUUUGUUGGAACUUGAUUCAAUUUUAAGAUUCAAGGAAAAGUGUGAGAAUUCGAACAUUUUACUGAAAAGUUCUAUUUUAAUAAACAAUGAUGUCACUGUUAAGCCUGAAGCCUCAUACAUCAAAGAAUUGGAACUGAUAAAAAAAGAAGAACCUGAGGAAAUUGAAGAAUACCUCGAAGCUGAAUUUUUAGCUGACAGUUGUGUUUACACUGAGGAAACUACUAGUCUUAAUACUGAUGUUCCAUUAGAAGGUAGUGCAAACGAUAAUAAUAAUGAAGAAACUGUUAUGAAAAAGAGUAAAGCAAUUGAUUUAAAAUUACAGUGCAAUGAGUGUGGAGGAUUUUUCAAAAGCAAAUGUAAAAUGAGAGUGCACUGGAAGAGGGUCCAUAUGUAUGAGUCGUUAUUGUGCCCAUUGUGCAAGCGUGCAUUUAAAUCAUUCAAAGCUUACAAUACCCAUGUAAAAAACAAAUCACGAGCUUGUCUGACUGCUGCUAAAAUUCGCAUUGAGGGAGUAGGAAGAUCAAGGGUGUUUCACUGCAAAACUUGUAGUUACUCUUCUGUUCGAAUAAAAGACUUGCACACUCAUCUGGUGGUCCACACAGGCGAAAAGCCCUUUAUUUGUAAGAUAUGUUCAAAAGGACACUCUCAACAGAGUUCAUUGCAAGACCAUAUGGAAAGAAUACAUAAGAAUUAUUUUAUGGAAACAACUUGUCACUUAUGCGGCAAACAUCUCAAGGGUCGUAGUAAAAUUUACAGGCAUAUGAAAACACACAGACUGGAGUACCUGCAAUGCGACUUAUGCAAGAAAAAGUUGAAAGGCAAAAAAAACCUCAUCGAUCACUUAAAACGGCAUUCGGGAGUAAGAUCCUACACUUGUGAUCAGUGUGCUAAAACAUUUAUUUUAUUGUCGGAAUUGUGCAAUCAUAGGCGUUCUAAACAUGAGAAAGGUAAACAUAUUUACACUUGUGAUAUAUGCGGUUACAAAGCUUACACAUCAAGUGUUAUAAAAAGGCAUAAAACGAGACAUACAGGAACUAACUUUCCGUGUCUUGAAUGCGGUAUGUUCUUAGAGGAUGCUCAAAAAUUUGUGGAACAUCAGCGAAGGCAUGACUCAGCAGAACGGAAGUUUCCUUGCCCUCAUUGUGAGAAGAGGUACAUGAAUAGGAAAUCAUUAAGCCAACAUGUAAGAGAAGUCCACCAUUGCACUUUUCUCAUGAAUAAACCAAUCAAGCGAGAAACUGCAGAAAGUAGUAGUACACCAUUGAAACUUUAUUGUAGUGAUAUGAUUGAAGUUGAAGUACCUCCAAAGACCAUAUAAAAUUAUAUAUGUUUUUAU